GGGGACUGAUAUUUUGGUGGAAGGGUAUGAGUGGUCCUUUCCCACCACUGUUAAGAAAUAUGAAAUGGUGGCCGUUUGCAAUGGCUUCGAAAAUAGCCAACUUGAAUUACUGUGGGAUAUUUACACCAUGUAAAGAUGGUCAACCUUCUGAUGACGACAAACCAAACUUUAUGAAACAAAUCUUGUCAAAAGGAUGCAGCCAACCACAAUGAGUUUUAUUAUAAUAAUUAUACUGCUGAAGUUUGAUUUUACACAUUCUCCACCGUUGAUACAUGAACCAUGUAAAAAAUCAGUCCAGACCGUUGCUGUUGUAAAAACUUGUCCCACAGAUAAGCAAGCGUGGGAUGAGCGGGCCAGAUUGAAGGCAUGUUGGGAUGUUCCACACAACUGCUCUGAUACACAGUUAUCCUACCAUUGUGUAUUGGAUGAAGUUGGACAAAGUUUGGUGGAAGUUUGUGCAAGAUCGAUAGAGAUCAUAGGAAGAAAGUGUGCUGAGUUUUCCCCGGGUGGUAUGUUUGUACAAGAGCACUAUGAAAAUGCUUGCAAGAGUUGUCCAUUUGCUUACAAUUCCAGUAUGGGCUAUUUGUAUGGCGAAUGCUUUGAUUUUGCUGUAUUUCAACAUACAACGGAUGGACCUAGUACUCAACAGCAAACAGAAAGGGGAAGCACGAAAAUGACAGAUUCGACUGAUCACACUUGGAAUGCUCUAUCCGGGAUCUCUAUUUUGCUUGUGAUUUGCAUUGUUUACAAACGCAUGCAACGAGAGAACAGGCCUAGGGCUAGAAGGUUCUUACAUUGGAUACUGCCCAAGGGAGCUAAACCAGAUCAUGAAGAUGGACCCGUAAACAUGGACGAUGAAGGAGUGCUGCGUUGUCAACAAGCUGAGUAGGCGGAAUAUGGCGGAUCCAAAACUGAAUGCCGUGUAGGACAAUAUUCCGACAGAGUGUGAUCUACCCUCAAGCCUUAUCUAAAGGAAACGAAUAUAUUUACCUUCGGAGAGUGUCAGAAAUACAUUGAUGCAUAUAUAUAUGGCAUCACUGAAGAUAGACCGUGUGUGGAGCAGCCGACAACGAAGACCGAGCAACAUAUCUUAUAUGACAUGUCACCAAGUCGGCGCAUUCUGGUCUCUGCAAAACCCAAGGACAUACUUAAAGUGGUGACAGGAGGAAAAUCAAUCAAACCAAGUGAAAGUACAAGACAAUAUUACAAAAGGAAAUCAAAGGAGUCCAUAAAUUCAAUGUUGAACAUCAAGACAGUGUAAAAAAUUGAAUCCAAACAAAAUAUCAAAACUUUAUGAAGAAAUAAAUGACAAAUUGUCAAAUAAACAUGAAAGCAUUCUUAUAUAUGGUGUUUAUUCAAAUUAUUUCAACUGAAAUUCCUAAUGUACCUAAAUUCGAAAGGGAAACAACUUAUGAAAAAAUUAAACACCAAUGGGUUGAACUGUGUAAUGAAGUUGUGUUGACAUGCAAAAAUACAUGUAUAAUGUGAUGCAUCAUAGAAUAGCUCAAAUGGUCUAUUUUAUGCAAUUUUUGGGCUCUUCACCCACCCCUUUCUGGAUGGAGAAGGUACAGACAUGAGUCACAACCCCUCCAUUCCCACCCUUAUAUUUUUUUUCUGGAUCUGCCUCUGCUUUGUAAAUAUGUUCGUAACAAAUAUAUUUCUGUGCUCAUUUGUUCCUUUAUCAUGUUUAUGCCUUGUUUGGGGUUACACUUUUAAAAAAGUAUGAUUUUGA